GACAGCAGCUUCCGGGCGGGGCGGGGCGCUGUGUUGCUAUAAGAGCUGCGGCACAGUCCCCACCGCUGUUCGUGCUGUGAGGUAACGCUGCUCUCUUUAGCUCCGGGCAGGGUGGCUCGGGGCUGGGAGCUCCCGCGGGCACGGAGCCGGGGGAGGGUGGUGGCCGCCGCAUUUGUUCCCUCUCUGGGGGCGGAAGAGCGAGCCUCGACUCCCCGGGACACCGGGCUGUCGGUAGGGAUACGGCUCUCUCUCAGCAGACGCUACCGCUUCCCGGAGAGUCGGGCACUGGGCCGACCCGCAGCGGAGAAAAGCCGAGGAUGGACCGCGACGGGCCGGACGCUGCUCGGCGGGAGGCAGAGGUGGAGCGCGGGCGCUACUUGGCGCGGCGGGCGGUGGCCCAGGAGCAGCUGGCGCAAAUAAAGGAGCACAAACAUCAGGCAGAUCUGGCCAAGCUAGAAGACAAAAGAGAAGGGGAACAAAUACAGUUAUCAAACCAAUUGUACCAACUGGAAAUUCAGAAAGACAGAGAAAAGGAAGAGAAAGAAAAAGUUGAACGCCGGAGGCAGCAUCACGAGUAUGUAUCUGAAAAGAAAACAAUUAAAGCUGAAGAGAAACAAAAAGAAGACAAUGAAGAUGAUCGGAUUGAGGCUUAUAUUAAAGAAAAAGAAAUGAUGGCUGAUCUGGCAAGAGAAAAAGUUGCUGAGACUAAUAGGGCAAUCCAGGUGCAUAAGGACAAAGCUCUUGAACAACUAACUGCGCAGAUAAAUGAGGCAUUUAAGGUUGAAGAUGAUCGUCUUGCUAGAGGAGCUGCAGCAGUAGAAGAUGAAUACCAAAUAAAAAUCAAAGAGAAAGAAGCAAAACAAAAGGCUGCCAUUGAAGCUAUUGCUGAACACAGAACCACCAUGAUGAAGAUGAAAGUAGAGAAGGAGAAAGAAGAAAAAGCAGAGGGUGAGAGAGAUCGUAAUCAGCAGAUGACAGCAGAUCACACCUACCUGGAAAAGGAAAAAGACAUGAAACAAAGACAACAUGAUGCCAGCAUGGAUGUACAGAAAUUUCAGAUCCAGCAAAUGGCUGAAAAGCAGGCAAAAAAACAGCAGGAAAAGCAAGAUGACUUGGACUACGAUGCUCAGAGAGAAGCUGCUUUCUGCAAGGAUCGAGCAUUUUGGAGAUAAAGAUGCUCCUUUUACUACUUCAAGCUUUUUUCAGCAAGCAGAAAGAAUGAAAACUUCUAUUAAAGCCUUUUGAUCACAGAAGCUGGAGCCUUGAGAAGCACUGACAACAGCAGACGUGGUGCUGAAACCUGCAGAGCUUGGUAACUCUCCAAAGGCACCCUCAAGUGCAUAUUUGCACGUGCUCACGACCAUGCAAUUGGUGAGUUAAAUGGGUUUUAGUCUACCUCUACAGAAGCAAGAACCAAGGUGGACUGCAGCCCGAUUUCCUGUUCUGCUUCAAGAAAUGCCCUGUUCUGCAGAUUAUGUAUGUCUGCAUUUGAAGUCUACAGCCUGCUUCCAUGGGGUUUAUACUCUUUUUAUUGUGAGCAUCUACAGAAAUAUCAAAAUCAACUACCAGAAAACAACUCUUCCUUUCAGUA